AUGGCCCAGCAGCGGCAGGACGAUGCAGAGCAGCUAACAGUCAAUGUGCCAAACCUGCUGGACCGCCCUGUGCCUGCCAAGCCCAACCCCAUGGCACGCUUUGUAGAGUCAAGUGACUCAGGCACGUCCAGCGCACUGACACCUGGCAGCUCGCUGAUGCGCCAUCCGGACAGGGGGACCGGCUUCUACUUCCAGAAGAGGGAACGCUACGGACGCGCCAGCCUGGUGGAGACUGGCAGGCAUGCUGGACGGUCACGGGUGACAUAUUAUGGCUUCAGUGGCCACACGCUAGGCUACCAUGCAUGGAAGAGAGAUUUUUUUACAUCGGGGAUCAAUCUGCGCUUGCCGGUGGCCAUCGGACUUAUGGUGGCACUGUACAUGUUGUCUUACUUCUUCUGGGGCAUCAUCUGGCUCUUUGUAUACUGGCAUGACAAAUCAUGUGUAGCCGGCUUUGAGAAGCGCUAUCACGGCAUUGUGAGCGCCUUCAUGUUCGCCACAGAGACCCAGCAGACCAUAGGGUACGGGGCGCGGCGGCCGCGGGACUGCUGGAUAAGCGCGUGGCUGGUGGCGAUGGAGGUGAUCUGGGGCCAGCUGCUCGACGCAAUCACCCUCGGGAUCAUCUUCGCUCGCAUCGCGCACCCCAAGAACCGUGCUCGGACGGUCUUCAUCUCGGACUGCGCCGCCAUCGCGCGCCGCGACGGCGCCCUCAAGUUCAUGUUCCGCGUCGCCGACGUGGUGUCGCCUCGCGUGAGGGCGUUCCUGUACACGUGGGGCGGCGGCCGCACGACAGCGGAGGGGGAGCACAUUCCCUUCAGGGCUGAUCCGCUGCGGCUGCUGUACGAGGAUCACCUGUCGCUCGUGCUGCCUCUCACGUUGGAGCAUGAGAUCGACGAGCGCUCGCCGCUCUACGGACACACCUAUGACUCCCUCACGGCGCUAGAUGCGGAGGUGGUGGUGCUCUUCGAGGGAGUGACAGAGACGGGAGCGCUGUUUGGGGGCAAGCGCAGCUACCUGCCCACGGAGAUCCACUGGGGCUAUGUCUUCGCGGAGAUCACCCACCAGUCCAAGAGCGCCAGCACUCGCCACGCUGUCGACCUGUCCAGGUUCCACGAGGUGGAGCCUCAGAAGGAUCUGGAGCAGAUGCUGCCGCAGCAGAUCAUCAGCCAGCACCUGCUGAAGAAGAAUCACCGCGUCAUCCCCUUCCCGGCUCUGUCCGAGAAGACCCUCGUGCUGUCCGAGGUGGCCGUCGUGGGCACGAAGGACACUCCCGAUGGCCAGCUCAGCCUCAUGGUCAGGAUCGGUGAUGUGUACCCAGACAACAUGGUACAGCUGGCGGUGCGCAUGUACCUCUACCGCUGGAAUGACCGGUUGCAGGAGGACGCCACCACCACAGCCCCUUACGAGGUGCAUCAGCUGGAGGUGACACCGGCGCGGCUGCUGCUGCGGCUGCCGAUGACGGUGCGCCACAUCAUCACUGAGUCAUCCCCGCUGUCCAACUGGCGCAGCGGCCAGGCCGGCAUAGCCGCGGACGCCAGCUCAGAGAUCAUUGUUGUGGUGGAUAGCGUGAAGUAUGACACCAGCAAAGUGAUCAUGGCCAAGAGGAUCUACGUCGUUCACUCCCACAUCAAAUAUGGCUACCGGUUCGAACCGAUGGUGUCACGGGUGGGCGGCCGCGCGCCGCGCAUCACCUGGAGCUCCUUCCACGACGUCGCGCCGGCGCCGCCGAAUCUGCCGCGUGUGCGCUCGUCCCGAUCGCUGCAGCACGACGCUUCAAGAGGAGAGAGCCUGCUACGGGCGCAGUCGGAGCGGCCACCCUCAACUGCGCAAGCUUUGCCUCGCAGAGCCUCAGGAGGUCCCUUUGAAGGCCUCUUCCCAGCCACAUGA